CUGAAUGAUAUUUACUCAUCGUAGUCGGGCGACAAGAGUGAAUAAAUCGAGUGCACCUUACACUCUCGGUUUGAACUGCGCCACAGCGUUGCUGUAGUUUCAUUGGACUGAACACUGGGUCGCACUGCCAACAGCAAGUUCUGUGUGAGUGACAGCUGUUAGCAUAACAACUUAUCAGAGAAAUUCCACACGUAAUUUUAGUUAAGAAAAUACAGCGAGUCGAUUUGUAUCAUGCACUGCUGAAGAUGCUGUUUUACUAAAAGGAUAAACGUUUCUCUGUGUACGGAGAGGAUGUCUGUCCCGGCAGGAGAGGGAUGAAGAUGACACAACUGUUGUGGCGUAUUGUGUCAGUGUGGCUGUGUGUAGCUGUAAUCUGUCGGUAUCCUAGUUGCAAUGUUGGAUGUACGGAAACACGUCCAGAGUCCCAGAGGCCCAAAUCCUCAGAGGGUGUCAGUUCAGAGGAAGAGACGGAGGAAAAGACUCAUCAUCAGCAGAAUGAGGAAAGCUGGGCCUUAUCUGCUCAAUCCUUAUCUGAAAAUGAGCAGCUGACAGAGGAUGGGCGCCCAGAAGUGGAGCAGAUAACACAAGAUGUGGACAAAAAGCAGCGCUCAGAGGCUUUUGAAGUAGAGGAGCCUGUUGAAGAAGUAGAGCUGGAACCAGACAGAAUUUUACAGCCUGAGGAAAGCUCUCAAUAUCAACAUCCCGAAACAUCCAUCUCUCAAGAUCCGGAAUCUGCCCCCUUGCAGCUUUCCCCUGACUCUGUUGAUUCUGCUGCGAAUAAAGACGACCCCAGCGUCCCUAACCUUCAAGAAGAAGUCCCAAACAGUAUUUCAAGUGGAGCAUCUGAUUUACCCACUACUGAGGUCAUUGCUUCUAACCUGCCUCCAGCUGACUGCAUGGAGGAAGAGGACAACCCGUAUGAUGGUGGCAGCCCUCCACUGGUUCUGGACAACACCUCUAAUGCUCACACCACAGGUACUAAAACACACUCCGACCCCCCUCUGAGUCCCCCAGCUGUUCACGACACUAAGUAUCUGGAGGCCAACACGUCCCACAUGCUGAAAGAGCAGGACCUGAGCUCCCCAGUCGCUGCAGACACAGAUCCCAGUGCGAGCAGCAAAGACCCAGAGGACAUCCCCACUUUUGAUGAGUGGAAACGGAAAAUGAUGGAGGUGGAGAAAGAGAAGACUUUGUCUACUCACAUUUCUAACAACGGGGGUUCUAAUACAGUGAAGAAGGUCCAGAAAAAUUUCAAUAACUACGCCUCAGUGGAGUGUGGAGCCAAGAUACUCGGUGCAAACCCAGAGGCUAAGAGCACUUCAUCCAUUUUGAAGGAAAACAUGGACUUGUACAUGCUAAACCCCUGUAGUAACAAAAUCUGGUUUAUUAUUGAGCUCUGUGAGCCCAUCCAGGUGAAGCAGCUGGACAUUGCUAAUUUUGAACUUUUCUCCUCCACUCCUAAAGACUUUCUUGUCUCCAUAAGUGAUAGGUACCCAACAAAUAAGUGGCUUAAGCUGGGAACCUUUCACGCCCGGGAUGAGCGUACAGUGCAGAGCUUCCCAUUAGAUGAGCAUCUUUACGCUAAAUAUGUGAAGAUGUUCACCAAGUACAUAAAGGUAGAGCUGGUCUCUCACUUUGGUACCGAGCAUUUCUGUCCCCUAAGUCUGAUAAGGGUGUUUGGUACAAGCAUGGUUGAGGAGUAUGAGGAGAUUGCUGAUCCCUCUGAGAGACCUGAUGAUCUUGAUGAUGACUUGGAUUAUCCUUCGGGAACUGCACCCGGGGAAGUGAAGUCAUCCAAGAAUCUGAUUGGAUCCGCAAAAGAUGCCAUUUUGAACAUUGUAAAUGUUGCUGUCAACGCUCUUGGAGGCAACUCAGAGAUGAAUGGCAACGUUUCAUCUCAGGAAGUGAACAUGACUGAGCCAUCACAACAGCUUGAAACCACCUCUGAAACUGUAACUACUGACCUACCUACAGAUCCAGACAGUGAAGAUGUACAGGCUUUACAAGAGUCUGCUGUCCCUCCUACUGAAGUCCCAUCUUUAGAGAUUCCUUCACUAGAGCCGACUACUACUGAUGAUGAUGAACAACAGCUCCCCCCAGUGGAGGAAAAAAUAGUCAUCCCUUUAGAGAAAGACGAGGAAGAACCAAUCAGCUCUACAAUCACUCUUCUGGAGAAGGAGGAUGAGUUGGAUGAAGGGAAAGAGAAAAAGGUUCAUCAAGAGCGGCACAAAGAAAACCUGAAGUACUGCCGUUCGUUUGCUUCUCUUUCUUCUUCAUGCUCGUGCACUCCCUCCCUCCAAGAGUAUGUCCAGCAGCAGUGUUCAGCCUUACUGUCCACAAAGAGGAAAUGCCAAACAAUGGACGUAAAGCCAAACAUCUCUCCCAUUCAGACACUCUUACCUCCUCCCCCGUCUGCCUUACCUGAGCCUCAGUCGGAUGGUGGGGAGGAAAAAGAACAAAUCGCUGAGCUGGAGCCAGAUAGUGAAGUAAUAUCAGAGGAGUUACAGCCAGCCGAAAACUCAGAAGAAUCCAUAUCUGAACCAGUUGUACUGGAGCCAAGUCAGACCUUGAACCUCCCCAGCCCCAGUGCCAUAGAGUCAUCCUUUGCCAAACUUACACCUACUGAGGAAACACCACAGCUGUCUUCUGAGGAGCCAGGCCCCGAAAAUAGCCAGGAUGUGCUGGCUGAGGAGAAACACAUUGAACCGUCAGCCAUUCUGAGCAGCUCUACCCAUGAUAAACCCAGCGUCAGCGUCUCAGUGGAAGAUUCAUCAGAGGUACCAACCCAGGAAAAGCCUAAUGUUGAUGAGCCAGAAGUUAACACCCCCAUCCAAAUCCAAGAUCAAACAGAUCAGUCUCUGCUUCUCCUGCCCACCUCUUCUUAUUCAGAGCAUCAAGCUGUGCCACCAGUUGUGCCUGAAAGUGGCCCCACUCCCACUGAAGCAUCCCACCCUGCUCCAGAUACUGUUGCAGAAAGCGAACCUCCUGUGGCUGUAACAGAUAUGAAAAUGGAGGAUCUCUCAGAAGACCCGUCGACUUCCUCAGGCAGCAAUGGUCAGUUGUUGUUCACUUCCUCCCCAACACCUUCUUCGCCUACCUCGUCAUCCCUAUUAGAUAUUUAUGCGGAGCCUUUUAAUGUCACGGAGCAAAAUGGGAACCAGGUGCACGGUUCCAGCCAGAAGGAAUCCGUCUUCAUGAGACUUAAUAACCGCAUCAAGGCCCUGGAGGUGAACAUGUCUCUGAGUGGGCGCUACCUGGAGCAGCUUAGUCAGAGGUAUCGGAAGCAGAUGGAGGAGAUGCAGAGGGCUUUCAACAAAACCAUAAUUAAACUCCAGAACACUUCCAGAAUAGCAGAGGAGCAGGACCUGCGUCAGACUGAAUCAAUUCAGUUGCUGCAGGGUCAGCUGGAGAAUGUGACUCAGCUGGUUCUCAACCUGUCGGUCAGAGUCAGCCAGCUGCAGAAUGAGGUGUCAGACAGGCAGAAUUACCUGCUGCUGUCUCUGGGGUUGUGUUUAUGUCUCGGCCUUCUGCUGUGCGUCAACCACUGCCGCAUCACUAUCCCUCCAACCAUAGAACCUGAGCCACCCAUACCCAAAAGCUACACCUUCUGUUGCCCUGAAAGCAGGCAAUUCUCUUCCUGUGAUGAGACGGGCUUGAAGAGGAGUUCAUCUUAUCCACUUAUCCACUCUGAUUCAUUCCAGUUAGCCACCACUGAAGGCCCAGAAAUGCAUGAAGAGGAAACGCAGAGUCUUUGUGCAGCAAACAGAAAGAGAAGACGUCGUAAAGUAAAACCUAUGGACAAAGUAGAAACUCUGAAACCUUCAUUUCAAGGCGCUCCUGAACUGUCUAAUGGAGCUGUUUGCAAUGGCGUCGCCAUCACUGCAAACCCCACACUCCUUACAAAACAAGUACUUCAACCUUCCUUUAGACACUCGCCGUCAGAGGGCAGUUCGGAGGGGUCUUCUCAUUCAGACGACCCCUCUUUCUGUGGCAUCACUGCAGCCUGCUCUCGGAUCUGUGACGGCCUCCCUCCACCCAAGACUCGUGCAGAGAAACGGGCUUUAAGGCGCCGGCGUCCCAAGCCCAGCUCUGCAGGGGUGGAUUUGCUUCGUGCUCCUCAGAGGAACAACAUUGAACCAUUGCCUAUUACUAUACAAGACAUCUUAAAAAGGAAAACAGAGCAAAACUCGAGCACAUUUAUGGCGCUCGCAGGGCCGGUCUGACAAUAAGAGACGGAAAUUUCAAUCUUCCUCACUGACUGCCAGUUCUUUAAAAAAAGAAAAAAGAGGUGAAGGGUGCCGUUCAUACUGUAGCGCAGGGCAGCUUUAAACUUCAACACAAGACAAUCUGUUCAUUUUUACUCAUAAUUUUGCUUUAAGUUUCUCUGUUUAAUUUGUUUUGGACAUUUUUGUUUGUCAAACUUUAACUUGAAGAAAUGUCUUCCACGCUUUCCAUUAAAGCAUUUAUUUCUUUUGAGUAAUGGCUGUUACGGUUGAGCCAACAAGUUUAAAGAAACCUGUUUUAUUCAUUAUCAAUCUUUAUUCUGACAUGCCUUUAAAGCAGUUUUGACUCAGUAAGAGGUGGGAAAUUCAAUAUCUUAUACCUUUUACUCAGUUCUUCAGCUGUCUGAAAUGAGCUGUUUAAGUUAUUUUCUCUUUAAGUACAUUGAUAAUCGAUUAGCAGAUCAUGCAAUGCUUGAUAAAAACAAAUAAAUAAAUUAAUAAAAAGGUUCAUACAGGG